AUGUCAAGCCCUCAAGCACCACCACCUUCUUGGGAUAGUCCUCCAAAACUAUCCUCCUUGAAGACCAAGAAGAAACUUCUUCCCUACCUUGAAGCAGCCGACCUGGAGACGUCUAGCCAAGCCGCAUCUUACAGAGAAGAACACCUUCUAGCCACACCAGAAGAGGAGAUUGACCCUGAGCUGAUCGAGUUCGUGAAGAGAGAUCAAUUCCAUGAUCUGUUUUCAGAGUAUGCGCUGGAGCACAUAGAUCACUUUGAUAAUCUUUGUGAUUCCUAUGGAGUUUUUGACUUUGAGAAGAAGAUGAUGCUAUUCAGCACAUCACUAGCUGGACCAGCACUAGAUUGGGCGCAGCAUGAACCACUCUCUACAAUCGAGUCAUGGAUCGAUUUUAGAGAAGCUUUCUUGAAGAGAUUUGCAAGGCUGCCACCUUUCAAAUCCAAGUACAAUCACUACUCUCAUCAGCUGGAGAGAGAGCGUGAGAAGAAGAAUGGGGAGGCAUACCACCCCAUCCUGAAGUUUUGA